AUGGCCGACACACAAACCUCCAUCAACAUCCCCCAAAUCCUCGCCGUCGCCAUCGUCGGCUUCUUCGCCAUCCGCUGGUUCCUCAACAAACCCGUCUCCGACUCGCCCACCGCACCCACCUCAUCCUCCCGAAGAGGCGGCAGAGCAGUAGACAUCAAUAAGAUCAACCAAGUCACUGCAAUGUUCCCGCAAUUGGACCGGCGCACAAUAGCCUGGGACCUCCAACGGAACGGCGGUAGCGUACCUGCAACUACUGAACGAGUACUCAGUGGAAGAGCACUGGAGACCCCGCCGCCCUCGUUCCAACCGAAUAUCCCGAGCGCAGCGACGGAGGCAGGCAGUAGUACGGGCGCAGCGAAGAGGAGUUCGCCCAGCCAGCCUGAUCUGAUUACGAGAUAUAACUUGCAAGGCAGGAUAGGUGGGAAGGGCAAAGAAGCGGUGCCGAGCGUGGAGCAGGAGCAGGAGGCCAAGAAGAGUGCGUGGAGUGCGGAUAAGGCGGCGCGGGCGGAGAAUCUGAAGAGGAGGAGGGAGGAGAUGAUUUUGGCUGCGAGGCGGAAGAUGGAGGCGCAGGAGGGGCAGGCAUGA